CCGCCCAUUGGUCCGGCGAGCAGUGACUCUCGGGCUGAGCAGGAAGGAAACCGCUCCCGAGCGCGGCGGCGUCGUCGUCUCCAGGCCGUGCAGCUCCUGUCGAUCUGCCCCCACACCCGCAGCAUGAGCGGCCUGCGUGUCUACAGCACGUCGGUCACCGGCUCCCGAGAAAUCAAGUCUCAGCAGAGUGAGGUGACCCGCAUCCUGGAUGGGAAGCGCAUCCAGUACCAGCUAGUGGACAUCUCCCAGGACAACGCCUUGCGGGAUGAGAUGCGAGCCUUGGCAGGCAAUCCCAAGGCGACUCCACCCCAGAUUGUCAACGGGGACCAGUACUGUGGGGACUAUGAGCUCUUCGUGGAGGCUGUGGAACAAAACACACUUCAGGAGUUCCUGAAACUGGCCUGAUCCACGCGGCCUGUUGGACUCCGUCUCCACAUUCCCCUCAGCCAUUGCCCGGCCAUGAAGGACCUUGUGACCAACUCCCAGUUCCUCACCUUAUGACCUUGGAGUCCCUCCCCAGCCUGCCAGCCCCUUUCUAACUGUAGCCCCUUCUUCUCUGUUCAAAGGCAACAUUCCCUACCCUCGACUAGUCUCAGAAACUGUCUUAAGCAACAGCCCAAAAUGCUGACUGCCUCAGCCAGACCCUGGGGCUGCCACCCUGCCUGGCGCUGGCUGAUGGGCACCUUUGAUUCCAUUAGCCAGGGCUCUGCCAAAGGCCCCGCAGUCCCUGCCCAGGGAGCCUCGUAGAGACAAUUAAAUUCCAUUCCAUUGGUA